AUGGAAGGCAGUCCCCAUAAUUCGUAUAGUAACUUCACAGUAAACGGUUGGACAGCCCCAAUUUGCGGAGCCUCUUCUCUCUGCAACGACGACGAAUCAUGUUCUACUACCCGCUACAAGUCGCUGGGAGGAUGCCAUUGUGAUCCUUACUGCUUUUAUUUCAAGGACUGUUGUAUCGACUAUCUUAAUGAGUGUAGAACGAACCUUGUUGAUGACGCCUUCCGUGAAGCGACUAAAGGCAUCGAUCCAAGUCAGUUCUCCUGCGAGCAACCAGCGGGUAAUCCCCGUUACAAUGACAAGUAUUGGAUGGUGAGCCAGUGUGAUGUGCGAUGGAGUAAUGAAGAGAUGAAAGCCAAGUGUGAGGGGCAGGCAGUGGAUGAAGAUAAACUGACCUCAAUCCCCGUCCAAUAUUUGAAGAGUAUCACAUUUAAGAAUGUGUACUGUGCUGUAUGUAACAACAAGAAUAUCAGUGACAUUACACCCUGGAAAAUCGACCUUAAUACAUGUGUCUCUGAAGAAUACUCAAAUUUAUCACGAAGUGAAUUCUCUGCCCAAGAAAUCGGUGAUAUUAUGAAGGACUGCCCUGGAUGGUACUUCCAGAAGCCAGAGUCAACAACAGCAGCUAGGCGAUGCAGAAAUUCAGCAAUCGUUUCAUGCGACGUAGAUCCAAAGAAUGAUACGAUUAUUUUCUUGGCGCAAGCUUGUGAGUCGUACAAAGGUGUUGUCGGUAUCUUCAAAAACCCUCACUGCUUUAUGUGUCACAAAGCCUCAGUCUACAAUCAAACGAUGGAGGAAAUCUAUUCAAAUUUGGUUUCCGGAACUUGUCCUUCUAACUUAAAUCGUUUCGAUGAUGAAAUUAUUAUAAGUAAACCCAUACGUAAGUCCAUUUCUGUGAAGUUUGAUUUUUUAUCUGGUCGAGGACUCCCCCAGAAAAGACCCCCAGUCAGCGUUUUUGGCUCAGAUGAUCAAACGUUUGACCAGUUUAACAAAGACUCAAUCCUAACAUGCCCAGUGAGAUAUGAUCUGAUGAAUGAUACUUGUCAAAGGCGUUCCGUGAAUUCGGAUUGUACGCUCUAUGACACAAUGCCUUUGCUUAUCGAAGUGAGGUGCACAUAUGUGGUAGACAGAUCAAAUUGUCAUCCUGAUAUGCUUUUAAAAGAUUACGUAAUGUCUAUAAUCAGUGGCAACUAUAUAUCCUCAGUGAAUCUUAGCGUUAGUAGGUUCCAAGCCGAAAUACAGGGGAAUGAUUCAUUCACGGUAUGUACUCAGACCUUGGACAUUUGGGGGUACCUUAGAAUGAAUGUAGAUGUUUCGGAAGAAAACCUGGAUAGUGUAUUCUUUUCCACAAGCCCACAAAACUCUUCUGUGAAUGACAUAUGCAGCAAUUUGAGUUUCAUGAUAUCUAUUGGAUGCAGCAACCUAAAUGAAAGUUGUCCCAACAGAAUCGUGUCUGAAGAUAAAGUUAUAAAAUCGUACCAAAAUUCAACAAGACAGGUAUUUGUCGUUGGAGAGACACAAUACAGCCUUGUGGAAUAUCUCUAUGUAAUUGAAUACGAUAUCAAAUCAUCGGAGAUGAACUUAAAACGAGAAAGUUUACAAGGAUGUGAAGUUCCAUCUGAAACUUGUGCAUUAGUAUCAAAGAACGUAUCACUUUUUGUUGACUUUGGCAAUGGAUCUUAUCUUUACUCGCCUCUUAACAUAACCCUGGCGCCGAAUGACUAUCUGGAUGUUGGAAAUGACACAAUUUUAGUUUGCUCUUACGUCUUGGUAAAUGAUCAGUCUGUUGCUGGAUUUCUUCGUACUAACUCCGCUCUGUCUAUUAUAAGUCACAUCGGAACUUCAUUGUCUAUAAUUGCUCUUAUCCUAACAGUUGUUACUUAUCUGAAAUUCAACCUUCUUCGGAAAGCCAUAUCGAGCACACUAAUCAUGAGUCUCUGCAUAAGUAUGAUCUUUGCCCAAUCUGUCCUCUUAUUUGGUGGACUAGCCGCGAUGAAUUCUAAUAUGUGCCUCUCAUUUGCCAUCUUGGGUCAUUACAUGUGGCUCGCAGUUUCCUCUCACACAACGGCUCUUGCUUUCGAUUUACACCGUCGAUUCGGAAUAGCAACGAAAUUUGGCCUCACCGAUGAGGGCGCUACUGUACUUUCAAGGUUCCUCCUGUUUGCCUGGGGAUGUCCAUUCCUUGUGGUUGUUCCUUGCCUUGGAAUCUACUUCAGCGGCACCAAGCUUCCACAUUUUAACAUGACCUACAGGACGACAGUUUUCUGUUGGAUCGGUGAUGGUAGGGCCAAUUUGUAUGUCUUUGUAAUCCCCGUCGGUUCUUUUCUUUUUGUCAAUCUCAUUUUGUUCGUCAUGGUAGUUGCCGGUCUUCUUCAGAAGAGAAUGAGCCCUGUCAACAAACACAAGAGCAAAUAUUCUAGUCUCCGAUCUGACCUUUUGAUUUACGUAAAGAUGUCCACACUGCUCGGUUUCACCUGGAUAGUGGGUUUCGUAGCUGGCUUUGCUGACGUCACAGUUCUCUGGUAUAUCUAUAACAUCAUCGGCUCUCUCCAGGGAGUCUAUAUCUUCAUUGCCUUCAUCUGCAACACGCGUGUCUUCAAGCUCUGGCGGGACUAUUGUACAUGCCUUGAGAAGGUAUCCGCAACGACAUCAUCCAGGUCAAAGACGACAUCACCAGACAGAGUGAAGAUGAAAGGAUCAAAGUGUGAAAUGGUUGAGAAUGAAUCAAUGCUCUGA